AGUCCUUUAUCCAGUCGUUAUGCUAGUGUAGAAAUGAGACAUAAUUUUUCUGAAGCAAGAAAAUUCAGCACGUGGAGAAAAUUGUGGUAUUUCUUAGCAAAAGCAGAAAAGGAAUUGGGAUUAGAUAUUACAGAUGAGCAGUUGGAAGAGAUGGCAAAAAAUAUUGAUAACAUUGAUUUUUCUCGAGCCGAGGAAGAAGAAAGAAAGCGACGUCACGAUGUAAUGGCACAUGUGCACACAUAUGCAGCUUGUUGUCCACGAGCAGCAGCCAUUAUACAUUUAGGAGCAACAUCUUGUUAUGUUGGAGAUAAUACUGAUAUAAUUGUUAUUAGAGAUGCCUUGGACAUUCUUUUACCAAAGUUGGCAAGAUGCAUUGCCAGAAUAGGUAAAUUUGCUAAUGACUACAAGUUACUGCUACACUUGGUUUCACACAUUUUCCAACCAGCACAAUUAACUACCGUUGGAAAGAGAGCUUGUUUAUGGGCCAAUGAUUUACUUAUGGAUAUCCGUAAUCUUCAACGUACUAGAGGAGAUCUUCGGUUUCGUGGAGUCAAAGGGACAACAGGGACACAAGCUAGUUUUUUAACUCUCUUUAACGGUGAUCAUUCUAAGGUUGAACAAUUGGAUCAGAAAGUGACUCAAAUGGCUGAUUUCCAAAAUUGUUUUAUAAUUACUGGGCAAACAUACAGUAGGAAACAAGACCUCGAUGUUUUGACUGCUCUAGGUGGACUGGCUGCCUCUAUACAUAAAAUUUGUACUGAUAUUAGAUUGUUAGCGAAUCAAAAAGAAAUUGAAGAACCAUUUGAAAAAGAUCAGAUAGGUUCCAGUGCUAUGCCUUAUAAACGUAAUCCCAUGAGAAGUGAAAGGUGUUGUAGUUUAGCUCGUCAUUUGAUGUCUCUUGUAGCUAAUACUCAAUACACAUUAGCAGUUCAGUGGUUAGAACGGUCGUAGAUGACAGUGCUAGAUGACAGUGCUAACAGGAGGAUUACAUUAGCUGAGGGCUUUUUAACAGCAGAUUCUUUACUUAUUACUUUGCAAAAUAUUUGUGAAGGACUAGUGGUUUAUCCUAAGGUUAUUGAGAGACACAUAUCACAAGAAUUACCUUUUAUGGCAUCUGAAAAUAUUAUUAUGGAAAUGGUCAAAUUUGGUGCUGAUAGACAGGAAUGUCAUGAACAUAUACGUGUUCUCUCACAAGAAGCAGGAGCCGAAGUUAAAGAACAUGGAAGAGAAAAUGAUCUUGUAGAACGUAUUAAAAUGUCAUCAUAUUUCUCUCCUAUUCAUGACAAACUUGAUGUUCUAUUAAAUCCAACGUCUUUUAUUGGGCGUGCCCCACAACAAGUUGAAGAUUUUUUAAGUAAAGAAGUACAACCAGUUUUGGAUUGCUACAAGGACAUGUUACAAAUUGAAGCUAAAUUAGAAAUUUGA